AUGGAGUGUAUUAUUUUGCUGCUUAUUGUACUUCUAUCACACUGCUCUGCAGCUUCUUCGACUGCAAACAAGAUGGACAUUUGCCUUGUCAAAACCAAAUACGUUGACACGCACGGCCAGAAGCCCACCAAACUAUUUAAAGUGAAUCGUGGGGUAGUUUACGAAACAAUAGAAAACAAAAAAUUUUGUUAUUAUUAUGUUUCCACUGUCUACAAAAACACAUCAAAGUGCUUUGAUGAUCAGUACGUGUGGUCUGGCUUAGACGACGCCUCCACAGCUGGUGGCAAAAUAUUAUUUGACGAAAUGAAUGCGACUGAAAUGAAGCAAAGACUCUACUUUUCCUACUUCCCAUUAAAUGGUGAUAUGAACAACAUGAUCACUUUUAAAAUCGAAUAUGUCGACUUCCAAGAGAAAGGAGAAGAUGGCUCAGAAAUCAAGUUUAGUAACAUUGCGAGACAACUUGACUUAAUAAUUACAACAAAUUUCAAUUUAGUAGUUUUACUUGGGAUGACUGUGGACUAUGGAAAAGGCUUAACAGGAGCCGUUUGCUUCUGUUAUGUCGUUGAUAAGACCAAAACGGCGUAUGUGACUUUCGACACCAAAUACUUCGAUUUCCUCACAACGAUCUCCGUCGAUAAUUUCAAGAACGUUGCGAUUAGUGGGAAUGACAUCUUAGUUGGCUCUCCAAAGUCGCGGGACGACCUCACAGCUGAUAUUUCACAGAACGUCUUUAUUAUGACUGUCGUCGAUGUCCCGUCCAAACCGGAGUUCCCAGUGACUUUGUCUUCGCCAACUGUCAUCCCACCACAAAAAAGGAAUCUGUUCCAACUUGGUGGUGGCGUUGGACAUUCGAACAAAUACGCGUUUAUUGCAGACCCUUUUCUUGACAGGGGUGUUGCAUACGUCGUCAGAAAAGUCGAUGGGACGACUCUCGAUUUAAAGGCUACGCUCAAUCCGUUCCCGCGGUGGGGAAGUUACCAAAAAUUUGCACUGUAUAUGGCAGCGUUUAAUAACGCGGAUGAUACAACUGACUUGUUCGUUGCGGCGCCAACAGCGUGGAUUCAUGACAAUGUCAGAAAAGUCCAAAAAGAGGGCAGAAAAACAAGUGAAUAUAUUGGUGUCAUCUACCACUUCGUUAUUGUAGAUGACAAAACUUGCGAAACUAAAGGAUACUACGUCGUACAGAACGAUGAACAAAGUGGAAUUAUGAACUCUACAAUUAGUGGAAUGGUCAAAUGGAACGACUUGGUCUUUGUGACACUCGAAAAUUACGACGGAAUAUAUAAACUCGGCUGCGACCAAAAUAUUACUCUUCAACUCUGA